UUCAGAGAUAAACGGACGCGUCUGGUCGGCCAAGCGACAGUGCAGUGUGGCCAAACGUGCUUUUGAAAGCGCGAAACCCCAAGCGGAAGCGAAAGCGAAACUGAAACUGAAAUUUCAUCCUGUUUUGUAAGGAGUGUUCCCAGCUCCAGUUUCUCCAUAACGAAUUUUUUUCGAGUGUGUGUGAAGAAAGCCAAAAGAACAAAGAUAGCCAGAAAGAGUGCAAUUGAGGGAGAGUGAGAGACAGACAUAGAGAGAGAUAGAGAGUUAGAAGUUGAGAAGAAAGACGGAAAUGAAGCAUGCAACUUGUGUGCACAUCAAAGAAAGCAGCGGAAAUUAAAAUUUGCAUAUGCAAAGAGGUGGCCCAGUGCAGUCAGCAGAGGCGGAGGCACAGCCAGAGUCAGUGGCCGUGACUGCGGCCCGGUGCCCCAAACAGUCAAUGACAAUGAGGCCAAUGAUGAUGCUGCCGCCCCCAGACCCAAGCAGCUGGCCCAACGAAACAGAAACCGAGACCGAAACCAAAGGCGACUCGCCGCUCUAAGCCGCCCGCCCAGCAAUAGACUCAAGUGCCAGAUCUCCAGAACUCUAGACUCGUGCGCAAUCCAACCCACCAGCCAGCAGCCAGCAGCCAGCAGCCAGCAGCCUGCAGCCUGCAGUUUGCAGCUUUCACCCAGAAGCUCCACGUCCUCCGGCUGCAAGUCCCAGCAAUCCACAGAGAUGCCGUCGCCCGGGCACACAUUUUGCUUCUCCUCAGCAGGAUUUAUCGCUUGCUCAGCAAUCGUUCUGCUUUGUAGUUCCGAGGUUUUAUCCAGUUGGGAGGAAUGGUGGACAUACGAUGGUAUAUCCGGACCAAGCUUCUGGGGCCUUAUCAAUCCACAGUGGAAUAUGUGCAACAAAGGACGGCGCCAAUCGCCAAUCGAUGUGGUGCCUGACAAGCUGCUGUUCGAUCCCUACCUCCGACCGCUUCACAUCGACAAGCACAAGGUUUCUGGCACUCUGCACAAUACGGGCCAGUCGCUCGUCUUUCGCGUCGACAAGGACACCAAGCAGCAUGUGAACAUAUCCGGCGGCCCUCUGGCCUAUCGCUAUCAGUUCGAGGAGAUCUACAUCCAUUACGGCGUGGAUAACACUCGCGGCUCCGAGCACUUCAUCCAAGGCUACAGUUUUCCCGGCGAGAUUCAAAUCUAUGGCUUCAACAAGGAGCUAUACCACAACAUGUCCGAGGCCCAGCAUAAAUCGCAGGGUAUUGUGGGACUGUCGCUUAUGGUGCAGAUUGGUGAGACGCCCAAUCCGGAACUGCGCAUCAUCACGAGCACCUUCAACAAGGUGCUCUAUCGAGGCUUCUCGACGCCCAUCCGGCACAUAUCGGUGAGGUCGCUGCUGCCAAACACGGAUCACUACAUCACCUACGAGGGCUCCACAACCCAUCCCGGCUGCUGGGAGAGCACCGUCUGGAUCAUAGUUAAUAAACCCAUCUAUAUCACCAAACAAGAGUUAUACCAACUCCGACGACUGAUGCAAGGCUCCGAGAGUACUCCAAAAGCUCCACUAGGUAAUAAUGCGCGACCCGUGCAAAGUUUACAUCAUAGAACCGUAAGAACGAACAUAGAUUUUAAGCGGAACAAGAAUCAAUAUGCUUGCCCCUCGAUGUAUAAGGAUAUGUAUUAUCGGGCGAAUCGCUGGUCACCAGACACGGGACUCUUGAUACGUUGACAACCGUACGUGGAAGACUGCGAAAAGCAAUUAAUAUCGUUGCUAUUAUUAUUAAUAUUAUAUGUGGUGAAUAAUGCUACAGCAAUGGCAACUAUAUUGACAGCAGGAAGGGCUCCGACUGCAGCCAGUGACCGAGGCGGUCAGCGGGUCACUUUGCAGUUUUUAUGUCGCAUUCAAUUUUCAUAUUCAUGUUUUUAACACGAACUCGGGAUUCGUUUGGCCUGCAAUAUUCCCACAACAAAAGCAACAGCAACAGCAC